AUGUCGUCGGCCCCGACCGCCUACAAAAAGCGCAAUGGAACUCUGUCAGUCAGCGCAGACCGCACUUCGUUGUUCUGGACUCCUUCUGAACCGCCGUCCUCUCCACCCUCAGUAACCAUCGCCAUCAAGGAUAUCACAAAUCUCCAGCAGACCCCAGCAGGCAAUCCAAAGGUCGCCCUGAAAGUCGUCGUCCAGCCACCAGCAGCUGCCGCGCCAGAAAACCAUGUCUUCUCCUUCACCUCUGCCGCAGCACGAUCCGAACAAGAAGCAAUUACCGACAUCUUACGGAACGCCAUCGCCGCCAUAAAAGCCGCCGAGCCACCCAAACCUGCACCAACACCCGCAACAGCACAAGAUACAUCUGCUCCUUCAGCAGCCAUGGCCAUGGCCCAGGCUGUUUCCUCCACAGUCAAGACCAACGAGAGCUGGUACGACGACGCCCAUCUCAUUAUCGAUAUCGAGCUACAGAGAUCACUACUGGAAGCGAACCCGGCGUUGCGACAACGAUUCAAUGAGAGUCUGAGGGACAGACCAGAAACCAUAACCAUCACCCAGUUUUCCACACAGUUCUGGUCUACACGCUUACACCUUCUACGCGCGCAUGCCAUUGAGAAGGCUCAGAAUCAAGGCGAUUACAAUGUAUUGCCCGAAAUCAAAUUCACACGAGUCGCGGCCGAGAAGGAAGGCGAAGCGGAUUCUUUGACGCUCCGUCUGGCAGGUCCUCAGAUCAAGCUGAUAUUCAAGCAAUAUCCCAUUGUCAGACAAGCUUACAACGAGAACGUUCCUCCGACCGAUAGCAACACAUUUUGGUCUCGAUUCUUCAUGAGCAGGCUGUUAAAAAAGUUGAAAGGCGAGAAAAUCACAGACGCAGAUCCACCAGAUCCAAUGUUUGACAAGUAUCUGAGUUAUCAAGAAAAAGGACCUUCGAACAUUGGCCAUAUUCCGCACUUCAUUGAUCUCGAAGGCAAUGAGCAGAACCACAGUCAACGUCAAGGAAACAGACCGGACGAAACCAUGAGGCCCGAAAAAGUGCCGAUAUUGAGGAUCCUCAACAACUUGUCUGAAAAGAUGAUGGCUCAAGUAGCACCAACAGACGGAGAAGCUCAUGCACCUAUCGGUAUGAGUGAGGAUGCAUUUAAUGAACUACGACUUCGAGAUCUUCAGACCGAGGCAGGAGACAAUCGUGUCGUGCUGAACAUCAAAGAUCAGCAACGGUUGCUUGGAGGCAAACAACAGAAUGGACUCUCGACAGAAGCACAGCUCUAUGCCAAGCAAUCACCCGAAAAGGUGCUUGAGCUAUUGCACUCAGAGAUGGCUUCUGCCGACAAUAUCAACCUCAGCAAGGUUGUUGGUAUCCAGUCUGACAGCGAGGACUCGGACGAUGAGACUCGAUCAAGCAAGAAAGCACGAAUAGGAAGCAAAGCAGCACUUACGCAAUCAAGCCGAGAAAUGCUGGCAUCUAUCAGCAGACGUAGGUUGGCAGCAUCGGCCGAUGUGUCAUCAAGGAGAGGUCUAUCAGAGUCAACGUUUGAUACGCUGAGUCUUACACACAAUACGACGGUGGAGUUUCUUCACUACUUUUGGACGCUCUUCUUGUCUGGCGAUGGAUCAAGGAGUAACGAGGUGGCGAAGCUUGUAGAGACUCUGGAUCGAUCAGUGGACCGCAUCAAGAUGGUAGCAGAACAAGCAGAAAAGGAAAAGUCACAAGAAGCGGAAAAUCUUCAGAAGCAGAUAUCAACACUGAACCCCAGAUCAACAAAGCGACGACGGAUUGAGAUGGAGUUGGAAAGACUAGGCGGAGGAAAACAGGCGGUGGAGGAAAUGGUUCAGCCUACGAUCAAAGCACUGGCUGAGGCUACGGCACAAUACCGCAAGGCAUUCGAGGAACAGAGUGCACAAGCGGUGGGCUGA